CAUGGGGGAGGCAGCAUGUUCUCCGAGCUGUGCAGGGAGACCCUGCGGAAGGCAGCAGUGUGCUACAGUUCUGCUCGUGCAGGAAGUCCAUCACCAUCGCCACCAACGUCUCCGCCGCCAUCACCCGCCAAGGAGGCAAAGACUGCUGCCAACACUGACCUGGCAAAUGUCCGUGACGCCGGCCAUGACGGAACGCGAGACCAUCACCAUCAUCCAGGGACCACCGCCGCCGGAAGACGGGCGUCGCCGGCGAGCGGAAACGCCACCGGCGAGCACAAAGAGCACUCGGCCUCAGAGAGAUCGGCCACGACCGAUCGCCCGAACGACGCCAGGGAGUACGUUUACGUCCGAAAGCGACCGGCAAUGCCCACCGACUUCAGCAAGCGAUUGCCCGGAUUCGAGGCGAGAGAGGGCCGACGCGGCGGCACGUGCGGCGCCGCCGAGUCCAAGGAGUCCCGAUCGGUGUCCCCCGAGAAGGCAGCGCGACAGCACGAGGACAACCGUGGAGGAGGAAGCGUCGGAGGAGGCCACGAGUGCGGCAGAUCGGACUCGAGACUCGGCCGAUGGUCUCCAGGGUCGUCGCCCGAACCCGAGGACAACUCCUCAACUUCUGGCGACGAAGGUGAGUAUUCGACAAAGGUGGAAGCUUCUUAUCAUUUUUCUUCAGCGUCAGCUGGAGCCGCUCCUGAGGAAACUAACCAAAGGUCCAGUUCUGCACACAAUCGCCACUCUCUCACGAAGGAGCAAACGAUGCACUGGUUUGCCCAGAUCGGCAGUGACGAUGAUCCUCUCGCUUUGCCAGAUGUGAAGCGCCGGCGAAGCUUCUACGACGAGGACUCCCUCGACGGCGAUCGUCCUUACGAAAAUGAAGGACGGGAGUCGACGGGAAGCUCGAAGGAUUUGGACAGGGCGAAGCUCGUCCGCGAGAGGCAGAACGAGGAGCGGCAGCGAAAGCUGGAAGAGCUCAGGCAGCAGGCGCUCGCCGCGCAACGCUUCCGCGAGCAGCGCGAGGAGGAGCGACGAAGACGAAUCGACGAGCUCAGAUCGCGUGACAACGACAGACGAAAUCAAGUGGAGGAGAGAAAACGGCUAAUAUGCGAGGCGGAACGAGAGAGACGGGAGGCGAUCCUUCGCAAAAAUCAGGAAAGGGAGGCGCGUAUCGAAGCGAAGAGGAGGAACGAGAGGUCGCAUAUCGUCUUUGCGUUUGGCAGUUCCACGCCGCGGAUGCUGGAGCCCGCCGACACCGGCGGCGCUACCUUCUGGGGCACUCGCAGGGCCACCUCCACCACCAACGUCAUGAUGUUUUCCGCGGCACAACCCCUCACGAGGAGGUCCUCCGAGCGGGAACUGGACGGCAGCAAAAAACGAGCCACUUCCGCCGGCGGGCUCGACCGAAAGCCCGGCGAAGGUGAAGAUAGCGACGGCGGCGGCACGCCCAGCACCCCGAGCUCGGUUUACCUGCGAGUGAAUAGGAGACGCACCGACCUCAUGCCGACGAUACCGUCCCCGCGCGACGGCCCGCCGUCGGCGGCACGCAGCUCCAGCGCCAAGGCCUUCACACGCUCGCCAGGUAGGACUUACUCCAUGUCCAGGCUGGAUCAGCUGGCGCAGCCUAGGAAGCGCGCGACCGAGCAGCCGCUCGGCACGCUGACGGAGCAGCGGCAGCAGAGCCAGCCGCUGCAGAGCGCUUCUAGCAUGAGCCGCAGCAUGUCACACUUAGCCGCGCCCGGGGUGGCCAAGAGCCUCAAACGAUCCGAUAACUCGCGUAGCAUGGGCACGCUGCCGGGCGCGGUGCCCACGCCCAGACCCACCCGCGCCGAGAGACUGCGCCGCAAGGCCCGCGAGUACCAGCAGGCCCAGCAGCAGCAAGGUAUCCGCAGCGGCGAAGUGACACCCAACAGCCCGUCCCGACCGCACAGCUCGAUGAGUCAGCAGAGUGCCAGCAGCGUGGGCAGCAGUAACGUCAAUCUGCGUACCCGCACGACAGCGUCGCGCCGACCGCGGCCUGCUUCUAUUGCCGGUACCGGUGUCUCGGUCACAGAGAAACACAAUCUGGUGGGUGAAGUGAAAUUAACGAAGGAUUCAAAGCCACCACUGCCAAAGGUCCAUAGCACUCCAAAGAAACCUUCCACGCCCAAAGCUACGGAGAUGAAGAAGCCGACGGAGAAGUUAAUCAGGAACGCCAGGUCGUCACCGCGAAUAACUCCCAAGGCGACACCCCUGCAGAGUCCUGGAGCUGAGCACGCGCCAUUUAUCCGCGAGACUCAUGCGGAGAUCAUAAAACAGAACGAGAAUAAGGACAUGCAGGAUGUGAAAUUUGAGGACAAGAAUGAGGAAAAGAAGGAUCAGGGCAGCGAAAAAGCGCAGCAACAAGAGGCGAACGUUACCGAAUCCGUAACUAAUGAUACAAAGAUAGCGACAGAGCCUGUGUUGGCAAGCAAACAAGUCAAGGACGAAACUAAUUUAAUGCAAGAGAAUUUGUCGAGCGACGUUACGGAGGAAUCGAAAAUCGUUAAAAAAGAGGAGAAUAAACAAGAAAAGAAAUCACCGGAAACAGUCGAAGUCAAGCCUGACAAUGAAAUAGACGAACAAAUUGAUAUGUCAGCUUCGAUGAUUGCGAAAAUCAGAAUUACCACCGAAGAGGAAGCCAAAGCCGCUUUGGCUGAGCGUAGAAGAUUAGCUCGAGAACAAGCGGAACGAGAAGCGGAGCUUGAACGUCAACGACAGGAAGAGGAAGCGCGCCGAGAAGUCGAAAGAUUACGCGCAGAGGAGGAAGAACAACGUCGACUGGAGGAAGAAACUAUACGCUUAGCUAACGAGGCCCGAGAGGCAGAGGAGCAGCGGUUACAACUGGCAAUCGAGGAAGCUAAACGUCGCGAGGAAGAGGAUAGAAGAAAAAGGGAAGAGGAAGCUCGUCAGAAGCAGGAGAAGGAAGAAGCGGAGCGCAAAGCAAGAGAAGAAGCGGAAAGACAGCGAAUCGAAAUGGCUGAGAGACUUAAGAAAGAAGAAGAGGAACGCAACGCCAGACGUAAACGUGUCGAGGCCAUCAUGCUUAGGACGAGAGGCAAAAAUCAAAGCAACUCUAGCAAGGGCGAGGGUGGCGAUGGCGAUAAAUUGAAGGAGGAUAGCCCAAGUGACGAGAAUAAACCAGUGCCUGGCGGCAAAGGUGACGACGUCAUGACGGCCAGUUUAAUUUCCGAGGCAACACAGCAAUUCAUCAGCAGUGAACAACGGGCGCAUCACACGGAGAACAACGUGCUUGCGCCGGAUAUAGUGCACAAUGGCACGACGCAUAGCAACGGCAUUAACGAGAAUAAAAUCGUAUUGGAUAAUAAUCAGGGUAACGUGGAAGGGGAGUUGAACGGUCAUCAUACGAAUCACGGGAACGGUAUCAACAGUCAGUCGAUUACGCUGGACAAUGCCACUGUCAAGCAAAACAACGUGACCAACAACCUGUUAGACCUGUCGGACUUCGACACUCUGAGUAAUAACAGUACCGGCUACAACACUGGGCCGAUACUCGAACUGACGCCCAAUUUGGCGAACGAAGACACCCUCAACUCUAAUCUGAAUCCGACGGCGAUGCCGUUUACCCCGAUGGGGUUCGUGCCCACCGCCGCAAACGCCAAUGUCAAUCCGUUCCAAGACAAUUUCAUCAACAACAAGCCGCAAGAUAACAACCAAGUACCAGAUCUUUUGUCAUAAAGUGUCUCGUGAACCGGAUGAACAGAGAAGAAGCAGUUAGAUAAUCGAUAGCCAAAUUGCUCGUGUCGAGCGAUAGCUAUAUCCAGAACGGGACGUCGUUUAUGAUUAUGUAAAUAACCGCCGUCGCGCAAUAUAUAUCGUGUGUAGAAGGAAAUAUCUAAGUGGAGCGUGGAGAAGAGCGUCGCAUCGGACACAGACCAUUCCCGGGCUCCCCCCCCCCCCCUCCGAGUUCUGUGCGUCGUCACCGGGAAAGAGGAAGUGUAAAAUAAUAUAUAAUGUUAAUUAAUUAUUACGCAACAGCAAGUGUGGACACUUAGUCUGCGUGUCGUAGUAUGCUAUUAGAUGGAUAUAUAACUUUCUAAAGGACCUUCGGAAGAGGUUUGAGGCCUGUUUAUAACACAUCAUUUUCGGAUACAUAGACGUAUUCUACGGUAACAAGUCGAUAUAUGAAAUUAAUUUCUCUCUAUCGCAUAAACACACGCAUAUACAUACACACGGUUUCGCCCUUAUCACACAUACACACGUGUAGAUUACGAGUAAAAAUUUUUGACGCGUUGAUCGGUAGAAACGAGAGAAGUGGAAAUCGCGCGGAAAGGAAUACAACGUACGGAUAUACAUAUAGCACAAGACGCAAAAGAAGGAAAACAAAAGACGGAGUCAGACGCUGAGAACGUAUCUGCCAAAAUGACGGAUUAGAGAAUAUCUCUAACAUAAGAGAUAGCGUAAUAAGAUACUACCUUAGCAACUCUCUGUGGGAAAAGUAGCACAGGCAGAGAAAAAGGAAACACUUUUCUUCCAGAUUUUGGGGCGUGCGCUCACUAGUCAAGCAAUCUUAUUGUUUUUUUUUUUCUUCUCUUUCCUCUCUUUUUAUCGUAUUUCGUUUAGAAGGCCUACUUAACAUUGGUGUACCCUAGGUAACCGCUAGACUUCACUAUUGUUACAUUUCUUCGUGGAUGGAACAUAAAUUCUCUAGCUGUGAUGAGAGAUGACGAUGAUGAUGAUAAUAACGAUGACGAUGAUGAUGAUGAUGAUGCUGAUUGCUUUGUGAGAUAGCUGCUGCAUAAGAAGUUAAAGUGGCGAUCUAGUAACGUUAAUUGUAAGAAUUGUUAUGCGAGAAAUGUUACGGAUGGUCACACGCAGGAUUAAUCGGGAUUAAUUGUGUUUAAUUUGAAAGGCAAACACGAUCGAUUAUUGCAACGUUAAUGCGCAGCGAAAACCGGAUGUCGCUGUAUUAUUCAAAUGGUGCGAGUUACUUGUCAUUAUUUGAAACAUAACAACAUUACGAAACGUGGAUAUUAGUAAAAUGCUUUACAUUUUCGCACGAUGUCAUAUAAAGCUCGGCGAUAGAUUAUUUAUAACGAGAAUAGGAAGUCCAAUAUUUCUGUUAUCUUGAUUUUAUUCGGAAAAACACGGUCGAGAGAGAGACUUUUAUCAACACUAGAGAAAGAUAGGAUUAAUGUACAGAUUUUACGUACUGUUUGUUAUUUGAAUUUUCUCGUACGAGAUUUAUUCCCCUCUCCCUGUCGCUUUUUAUUAUUCGCAUUUUAUCAUAAUCAACAUAAAGGGUUUGUCGAACUGAAUGUGGUGUGAGUUGAAAAUUUUCUCGUCAACGUCGUUUUUGUUUAAAUUCGCGAUUUUCCCUUAUUUGCAUUUGAAUAACAUUGCAAUUUGUUUUUUUUCGGGCGACGGGAGAUUUGUUGUCGUCUGCAAACAAUUGAUACAUUUUUAAUUAAACGAUUAAGAUAUUCGAUUAAAAGAUCGAGCGAUUAAUACGUAUUUUUAUCGAGAGUUGUUAAAGCGAGCAUGUUUGUACAGGCGCAUGUUGCACAUUGCGAGUCACUAUUGACGCACCGAGAAUAUUCCGAUCGUUAAGAGGAAAACAAAACAGGAAAAGCAUAUACAGAAACUAUGCAUGCGACAGAUUUAUUGACAGUUUGGGCGUUUUAUCGCUCGUUCUCACACGAGAAAUUGUUUCUGCGUUUAUCCUGUAAAAAUUUCAAUGCCGUAACGAGUUGCAGUCGCCUCUCAUUCGUUACGACUUAUUGUAUCAAACUUAUUUAUGUUAGCUUUUUUUUCUUUUUUGACAGAUAUAUUUAUUUAACCGUUUGGACACCGUAUAUUACUCUUGCGUCACGUGUACACUCACUAUUUUUAUUAGAUAAUUUUUGGUUGAGACUCUAUUAAAACUAUUCUAUAAGAAUACAUAAUAA